AUGUAUACCACUUCGUACCCCACUGUAACACAAUCAGCCUCAACAUUUGUGUCAUAUUCAACUGCUAUUGUCUCGGCAUCCGACUCUUCGUCCCAUGUCUUUUCUACUCGAAGUAUUGCGCCGAUUCAGUCUGUGUGCAUCGGAGAUGGUUUAGAUUCAGCUUCGGAAGGAGUGAUCGCAACUGUCGUGCUUUCAACGUGUGUCGGCCUUGCCAUUUGGCUGCUUUUUGCUGUACUGCGUCCGCGUUACCGACAAAUAUAUGCGCUUAGAGAGUGGUUCGUGCAACAAGAUCUGCGACCGGAUCGGUUAAGCUCGAGUCUCGGCGCCUUCUUCUUUCCCUCUGUACCCUUUGUUCCGUCUACACCUUCAGACGUCUCUGAUGCUGGAAGGUCAGCUCCAGUGGACGCUCGCUUGUUUCCAUCCGACGAGGAAUUGAGCCAACGCACUCUGUGGACAUGCCUCAUCAUCGUGCUUGGCUGGAGUUUGGUGGGCCUUGGUGGCGCCUUGCCGUUAUACCUCGUGUCUACGCCGUGUCUUGCGCACUCCAUAAGUGACCCUCGUUUCAACGGAAUUUACUCCACAAUUCAAGACCUCAGCUUGCUACGUCUCCUGCAGCAGCUAGAAAAUAGCCCAGACCCUACAAACACCACCUACUCAGUACUAGACGUGGUUAACGGCGAGGACCAGGCUUCAAAUGCUCGCCUGCGAAUCGUCAUUCUCGCCGGUUUGGCGGCAAUUGUGGCCACACCGCCAGCUCUGUAUAAAAUACUGAAAGAAAUCAACAACUUUGUUGCAUUUCGCAGACGCUGGUUAGAGGUGCGAUGCGAAGGCAAAGAGAUGGGCUGGCUGAGCUUGAGAAAAGCCCCCGGUUUUGCAGGAUGGGGAGAGAAGCGUGUCAAGGACUAUCUUGUCAACAUUAGACUCAGCUCUUCCUUGGGAGGCUCUUCUCGGUCCAACAACCGACCGCCGCAGCUCCCACGCCGAACUCAGUCCUACUACCAGAACUCCCAGGAUUCAGGAUUCGAAGUUGACGUGCAAAGUCUGUUCACUAUAUGCGACACCCACAAUUUGGCGCUUCUCAUUGAAGAACGAGACGAAGUGCUGGAGAACCUCGAAGUUGCAGAAACGAGAUACAUAUCAUCCUUCAAGAUUUCAACGCCCGACCCCUCCAUUGCUGAUCUUGAAAUUCUCGUUCCCCAUGCAUCUGAAGAAACACCAUCUAGACCUCAUAUAAGCAGGCCCCGUGUUCUGGUUGGAUCGAGAAACCGUCCACACCAUCGGAGACACAACCCGGCGCAAGCUAGCUCUUCUUUUGCUCCAACCUCAUUCGUAGCCCCAUCGCAGUACUAUAAAUUGCGCGGCUUGAAAAGUUUCGAUGGUGGGAGAUUUGCCGAUGGCAUCAGCACGCCGGUUAGUUUGACCGAGUCGUUCAAACAACGAAUUGUGGGCAGUCGCUUCCAGGAGGUGUCCAGAGACUCGACGUCUUACAAUGACAUGCCGUCAGGGAGCCGUAUAAAGAGCGAAGAGAUUGAAGAGUCGUCGAUAUCAGUUCCUGACCCAAGGUACUACAGGCCAAACCAUGGCGGAGGAUCGUCUUCAGAAAGCGGUGGAACUGGGACAGGAACCGAAUAUCUAACUGUGGAGUCGUCGAUGAAUGCUCGGGGAUCUCUUGAUGACGACUGGGUCGUCCUCGCGCGCGAGAUUGAUUUUGGCAAUCCGUUGAGUGGGGGACCCCGUGUCGGCCCCGCACUCAGACCACAGGAAGAGCUUGCGGCCCGGAGACAACGCCCGAGACCUGUUGACACAGCAUCGACCGACCGCCGGGAGACCUUUCCACUAAGAAUUCGACCGAAAAACAACGUUCCCGCUGAGGAUGUUCCUCCUCCUCAUUUACGCCUGCAGCCGCGACAACCGUUUGUUCGACCUGCUUCUGACCUUAACUACGAUAACCUCGGUGCUGUCUAUGCGGAAAUAAACCAAUGGCGUUCCCGGCUGAAGCUCAUCAAUAUGCAGAUUGCGGAAGCUCAGCAAGAUUGCUAUGCAGAUAUCGCCGAUGGCGCGCGGGUCAAGGGUUGGAUUAUCAUCGGACGGGGUUUGCGCCACAUGCAUGGUGUGGAACUCAUAGAGGGUAGGGCAAAGGAGGACGUGCGUUGGAACACACUGCAGAACGAAACGACGCUGCUGGAUUCUAUAGCCUUUUGGCUAGUUGUUGGGGUGGUCAAUAUCUUCCUUGCUGCUGGCCUGACAGCUGUUGCGGGACUUGCCCUCGGUGCCGUUUCUGUGGAGCGUUAUCUACCUUUAUUUCUCCCCCUUUUAGAUCAUGGGAACCUUGUUUCGGGAUUGGCCACUUCGCUCGCUCCCGUGAUUGCCGCCACCCUUCUCACUCUGAUCGCACUCUCGAUCGUAAAAUGGGCAGCCACAUGGAGUGGCGUCGUAUCCGUGUCCGCAGUUCGAAUGCUCUCUGUCAAACUUGUGUUUUACUCCAUAGCAGUUCUGGUCGCUGCAUUGACUAUCACUGCUGGUGCUCUCCUUUUCGCGUUAGAGGCAUUCACCCUUGAAGUUGAUAUUGCCAAAACGGUUGCAACCGGUUGUGUCUAUAUGGGCGCUUUUGCUUUUGCUCUCGUCAUUAACGUCGCUGUCGUAUUCCCUGGUUUGAUGUUGCUACAGCCCUUCCGAUUAUGGCGUGUAAUUCGUUCAGAGCGAGACGCCGUCACCCCAAGACAACGGUUCCGAGCUGUAUAUCCAACAAGUUACGACGUUACUUAUGCUGCGAGUGCUUGCGUGCUAGCCAUGGUUUUUGCAUCGGCAUUUUCUCUCAUUUUCCCUUUGAUCGGGCCGGCUGUUGUGAUACUUUUAUUAUUGACUCUUGUUGCUCAUAGAUACCUCACUGGAUAUGUUUACGCCCGAACUCUUUCGGAGACUGGGGGGCUUUUCCAGAUCUGGUUACUGAAGCGAUUGGGCACACUUCUUGCGCUACAACCUCUACUCCUCGGCUCAAUCCUACUCAGUUGGCGGUUUUAUAUAGAAGGAGGAGUACUUUUGGGCAUAGCGAUCGUUGUAGCAGGGAUCGUGGAAGUGCACACCAUGCACAAAACGAGGCUUGCAAGCCUCCAAACGUUGCCUGAGAGCACACAAGAGUCUCUGAGAGUUUUUCGCAGGGCGUUGGAACCCAAUGGUCUUACUGAUACUGAUGACGAGAAUCAUAGCAUGAUCACCACUAGAGGGAACCGCACGAGGGGCUCGAUGGCUUCUGUCCUCGAAAUGAUGUCUCUCACGUUAGCAGUCAUGCCAUCAGCUUCAAGUCAUCGUGGUCCGCUUCCACUCCAGACGGAAACACUGGAUGAUCUAACUGCUACAGAACGAGCUGCCAGAACACAUCCUGAUGCUCCUCCUCACCUUCCUCCACUACCCUUUGGGGACCAUGCUGAAGAAAUGUCUGGUAUCAUGUAUGCUCCCGAGUUGCUUGCCCCUGCACCGAUAAUCUGGCUUCCAAACGAUACUGCAGGGGUGGCCAAAACAGAGGCAAUUGACUUGCAGAAGCAUCAUGAUUUACAUGUUACCCUUGACGUUCGUGCCAGGGAUGUCGUCCUCCCUAAACGAAGUACAUCUACGCGGACACACACGUGA